AUGUGGCGUCUGAUUGUGAAGUCAGUGUCAGUGUAUGAUGGAGAUUCUCUUACUCUACACACUGAUAUUACUGACAUACAGAGAGAUUAUGUGAUAGACUGGAGGUUUGUAACUCGAAGGGCUCGCAUAGCAAGAAUUUAUAAACAAAACAUUUUAAUAAAUGAUAAUGUUCUUGAUGGGAGAUUUAGAGACAGACUGCAGUUAAAUAAUCAGACUGGAGAUCUCACCAUCACAAACAUCACAACUCAACACUCUGGACUUUAUGAAAUAUAUCUAUUAACGGACAGCCGUAGAAUGGACACAUAUUUCAGAUUUAAUGUUAUUGUUUAUGCUCGUCUGCCCGCUCCUGUCAUCAGCAGAGACUCAUCAUCAGUCUCAAACUGUUCAUUAUUGUGUUCAGUGUUGAAUGUAAGAGAUGUAAGAGAUGUGAGUCUGUCCUGGUAUAAAGGAAACAGUUUAUUGUCCAGCAUCAGUGUGUCUGAUCUCAACAUCAGCAGCAUCUCUCUUCAUCUGAAGUGUCUGGAUGAAUCUUACAGCUGUGUGGUGAACAAUCCCAUCAGUAAUCAAACUCAACAUCUCAACAUCACUCAUCUCUGUCAGCCGUGUUCAGACUCUGUCAAUUCUUGUGAUAAGACUGAAGCUGUGAUCCGAUUGGUCGUCUCUGCUCUGGUGGGCGUGGCUGCUGUAGCUGCUUCUGUUGUUUUGAUUUAUGACAUCAGAUCCAGAAGAGAUGAACAGAAGAGAAGAUCAUAAACAUCAGCAAACACAAAACUUCAUCUAGAGAUCCACAGAUUAUUUUGGGUUCCUGGUUGUUGUGAUAUUUUUACUGUUUUUGUUUGUGAGUGAGCGGCGGUCAGAGGAGGGAGGAUUUUAAAGGGGUCAUAUUAUGAGAUUUUUUUAAGAUGUAAGUUAAAUCUUUGGUGUCCCAAGAGUGUGAAGGUGAGGAUUUAACUGAAAAUACCCCACAGAUAAUUAAUUACAGCAUGUUAAAAUUGCAAAUUUGUAGGUCUGAGCAAAAGUGAGCCGUUUUGUGGUGUUUCCUUUAAAAUGCAAAUGAGCGGAUGAAGUGCAAACACUGAUCACAAUGAUGGUGAUUUGUUGUAAUUGAAACUUAAUUGUGCUGUCAAGUUCUUCUUUUCUCCCUCUUACUCUCUGAAAUAAAUAGCAGUGCUGUGGUUGGAUAGUGCAGAUAAAGGGGGCGGUAUUAUUAUAAUUCGCCAUGCUACCUACCUCACAAAACAGGCGAAAUCUGAACGACCUAAUUUUUCACAUGCUUGCAGUAAAUGGCUUAACCAAACAAAGUUACUGGGUUGAUCUUUAUCACAUUUUCUAGGUUGAUAGAAGCACUGGGGACCCAAUUAUAGCACUUAAAUAUGAAAAAAGUCUGAUUUUCAUCCUAUGACCCCUUUAAAGCUUUGUCCAUAAUCCACCAACAUCUUCAUGCUUUUCUACAGCUACAUUUUUAUUUUAUUUUUAUAUUUGUUGUCACCAUGUAUUUUCUCAAAACAACACAGUAAUAUCAUGUGAAGUAUGCAUGUAGUGUAAGAGAUGCUUUAUAAGAACAAGACUUUAAUUUCUUCAGAUGUUUCUGAAAGUCUCUAAAGUGGAGGUAUCUUGUGUGUGAGCAAUUUAAUGAAAAUUAGGAUUUUUUCCAUCAGUUUGUUAUUUGAGUUUAAAAGUCUGUGUCUCAUACGUACAUACAACCAUGAAGUGAGAAAUUCAGAUAGCAGAAGUGAAAUAAUUACUAAUCAUCUUUCAUUUUCAGCAUGUUACUGAUGAGCAAUAGUUUCCUAAACCUCAAGGCAACAUGAUAUCUUGUCCUUUAUGGUUUCAAUUUCAGAGACCCUCAACUGAUUUCCUGAAAAUUAUUUUAAACUUGGGAACAUAUUAAUUAGAUUUAAUAACUCCUGUAGACAUUUUUUAUCUCUCUCACUCUAAAAAAAUUCAACAAAUAUUUUUGUGUUACAAUUUCAACUUGAAUUUAUAAGUUAUGUCAACUUUUUU